GGAAGAAAUGCACAGGCGCUGACACGCUCUGUUGGUAUUCAAUACGAACCUGUUUUAAAGAAUGAUACAAUAAAAUCUUAUCUUAUCUUAUCUUACAGGGAAUACUUUGUGCAGAUCAAAUUACUGCACAGUUCGCGUCAGUGCCGUUCAACCGUAUAACCCAUUUUUCAAGAUUCACCAAGGUCAGCGUUUUUGGUUCACAGAAAGAUAAUAAUUUAAGAUGGCUCGUAGACGACCAAAUCGAGCAAGUACACAUCGGAUGACCACCAGAUCGAGACGUACAUAUUUGGAUAAACUGAUGGGUGGGCGAACAACUACAGAUAUAAGUGAUUUUGAAUUUUGGAAGAGAUAUGUUAUCAAACCCGUUAAACCGACCAAAGCAGAUAAAUCUCUGGAUGUAACAAAAAUAGACUUUAACGAAGAGAGUAAUAGAGCUAAACACCAUGCAGAUGAGUAUGAUAACGAUGAUCUAGUAGUAAGACGAGGCCAGCCCUUCAAAAUUACAGUCAGUUUUGAUAGAAAACCCGACCAAAAAUAUGACAUUGUCAGCAUACAGCUCACUACAGGCCGAAAGCCGAUGGAGAAUAAAGGCAGUUUGGUUACUUUGGCCCUGCCAGAGACAGGAGCUAAUACCACCAUGACUACUGACCUAUAUCAGUGGAAGGUAGAUAAGGUGAAGAUAACGGAUAAAGAUGUGAGUUUUGACGUAACGCCACCAGUAACCAGUAUCAUUGGAAAAUAUAAGUUAUUUAUUGAGACUAAACUAAAGGAUAGCGAUAAAGUCUCGAGGUUUGAAGUUGAAGACGAAGAUAUUUAUAUCAUCUUUAAUCCCUGGUGUCCAGAGGAUGAUGUGUAUAUGAAAAAUGAAAGUUGGAGAAAUGAAUAUGUUAUGAAUGAGUCGGGUAUGAUAUGGGCUGGUUCGUCAAGGUCAUAUAGAGGUAGACCUUGGGUUUUUGGUCAGUUUGACGAACCUUGUUUAGAAGCUGCUAUGUAUCUGUUGGAUAGAGCAGAGCUUAAGGAAGGUGCCAGAAGAAGUAUUGUUAGCAUAGUUCGUGUAAUUUCUGCCCAGACUAAUAGUUGUGAUGACGAUGGGGUUUUAGAGGGUCGUUGGACAUCGGAUUACCCAAGCGACUGCACAAGACCAUUGGCUUGGAAUGGGAGUGUGCGUAUUUUAGAAGAAUUUAUGAAAAAAGGCGAACCUGUUAGAUAUGGCCAAUGUUGGGUUUUCUCUGGCGUGGUAACAACACUGUUACGUGCCCUGGGUAUACCUACAAGAUCUGUGACCAAUUUUUCUUCCGCUCACGAUACAGAUAAUAGUAUGACCAUAGAUUCCCAUUUUGAUGAAGAUGGUGAACCUAUUAGGGACAUGGAUGACUCUAUCUGGAAUUUUCAUGUCUGGAACGAGUCUUGGUUUCGCAGACGUGAUUUACCCGAUGGUUAUGAUGGCUGGCAAGCCCAUGAUGCAACGCCUCAAGAGGUUAGUGAUGGUGUAAUGAGAUGUGGACCAGCUUCACUAAAAGCAAUUAAAAAUGGAGAUAUUCAUUUGAAUCACGAUGUACGAUUUAUAUUCAGUGAGGUAAAUGGUGACAGGGUGUUUUGGAAGGUAAGUGAAGAUGGUUCCAAGAUGGAAGCUAUUGAAAUAGACUCUUCUUCAGUAGGAAAGUUUAUCAGUACUAAAGCUGUUGGUAGUUCAGAAAGAGAAGAUCUUACUCUACAUUACAAACAUAAAGAAAAUGAUGCCGAAGAAAGGAAAGUAGUGGAGCGUGUUUUCAAAUUCAGUACACGAUCUCAUUUGAAAAUCUAUAAGCAAGACAUGAAGAUGUCUCUUGAUAUUCCGGAUACAUUAAUUGGCAAAGAUCUCAACUUUAGUUUAAUAGUGAAAAAUACUUCCAGCCAAACUCGAACUAUUGAAGGUCGAGUAUCAGUCAGCGUCUCGUCGUACACUGGGCUUAGCGGCCAAAAGAUAUUUGGAGAAUUCAGUAGACAUACCAUCAAAGCGAAAUCGGACUAUAGUUUUAAAACCCAUGUUCGAGCAAUGGACUAUGUCUCUAAGUUGAAACCCGAGGCCAGCUUGGUGGUGUAUGCUUACUUUAAAGUUGGGGAAACUGCACAGACAUUAGUUAAGAAAGAACCUCUGACUUUCAUAAAACCAGAACUACAAAUAAAGGUUAAUAAGGAAGUGAAGGCAAAAGAAUAUUCAGAUGUUAGAGUUUAUUUCUUUAAUCCUCUUCCAAUAAAUCUCACUAAUCCAGACUUUAACAUUGAAGGUGCACAUGUUUAUGUAAGAGCUCAUCCACGGUUAAGGAAGCCAAUCCAACCGGGAAAAGAAGCCAAAGUGGAUAUACAGAUAUGGCCAUUAAAAAGAGGGAAAAACAGAGAAUUAAAAGCCACCUUUUCUUCAGACCAGCUUUCUGGGGUUGACGGGGAAUGUAUUAUUAACGUUGUGUAACGUUCAAGGAAUUAAGAAAUCUACAAGUGUGGUGAAAAGGGAUACCUGGUUUAAGACAAUCCAUACUUUUCAUUUCGCAAUUGUAGGCAUCUCUAUUUCUGUCAUAAAACAUUAGUAACUUGUUAGUUUAUAGACAAAUUUUACUGAAACUUUUUAUAUUGCACAUUUCUUAACCCUUGUACGAACACGUCGCACGAAAAACGUUGUCGGCAACAAGGGGUAAUCUAAGAUCCUAAGAGGUUUUUGUAUGCAUAACUUUAUUCAAAUACGAUCAAACUAGAGCUUCAUAUAAAGGCUGAAGAAUAAUCAAUCAAAUUAAAAAAAUAUUUGAGGUAUUAACAGUGAAGAUAUGAAUUAUAAAGUAUUUUUUGCAACCAUCAAAAUCUGCAAAUAGCUUAAUUAUCAUUUCCAUGUAGAAUCGGCUUUUGACGGGGUUGGUAGAGUACCUAGAUUUGUUUUCAGAUCUACAUUAUUAGAAUGAUCACCACAAUAUCAUCAGUAAGAACGAUUCCAAAUACAAAGCUUGCACUGAGCACAAAACAGAUUAGGCACAUGUAACCAGCAAAAUGUUAUAGGAAAGGAGAAGGGGGGGGGGGUCUACAAGACCCCUCGUUUCCGAUAAUGUAAUACUUUUAGUUUCUUAUCACAUGGUGAAUGUUGCCAAUGCCCCAGUUCCGUUCUAUUUGCAGCAUUAUAUGCGACGAUAAGUAGCUGACAAUGUAUAAAAUUCUCGCUAGACAAUUAUGAACCAGUUCCCCACAAAUGAUAAGGAUAUGGUCGUGCGGUCCCACAAGGGUAUCCGCACAAGGGUUAAGUGUUAACUUUUUAACUUCUUUUAGGUCCUUGAACAAUUUCGAUUGUAUAGAAUAAGCAACUGUUUUUAGAUUUUCUGUUGUUUCUUUAAACUGUAGACACAGGGAUGUGAUGUAUUUAAUAUAUUUGAUGUUAUUACCUUAACAUAUCAUUAUACUCCCAGCUCAUUUUACACCUACAUUAUACUGCCAUAAUAAAGUUUUAAAUUUAAAUAUAUUUUUGAAAUUUAUUCUCCAUAUAUUUAUGUUUAAAAAAUAAAUGUAUUUUAAUAGCA